AUGAACAUAAGUGCUUUAUAUUACGAUUAUCACGAUAGAUCCGGUGAACAAUAUAAUCAUAUAAAUAAAUUUGUAGCAGCCGGUCUACUCUAUAUUAUUGGACAUUAUUUUUCGUCUUGGUCCAGUUAUUUUGUGUUGACCCUUUGCUGUCGCGAUAAUCAUACGUGUAACUUUUACAAUGACAUGUUCCAUAAAAUGUUUGCCGAAUGGAAUGAAUGGCCAUUGCAAAUUGUUAUUGUGAAUAAUAAUAAUUAUAGAAAAAUACCAGGAGCUCGUCAAUAUAAUAUGAUUUUUACGGAUUCCUAUGAUGCCUUUUUAGAAAUGGAAAUGCAUACAUAUAGUGCCGAUUCGAAUAACAAUGAAUAUUAUUUUAUCUUUCUACAAACUCGUGAUAAAUUAAUGUUUGGUGAAAUGCAAAAGAUAUUCGAAUAUUGUUGGCUGCAUUAUCUGAUCAAUUGUAUCAUUCAAGUACAAAAAGCUAAUGGACGAGUUUUAAUUUACACUUAUUAUCCGUUUACCGAAAAUCAUUGUGAUGAAGUUGAGAUCGCUUUAGUGAAUGAAUAUAAUGGAACUUCUUUGAUACAUGAGGAAUUAUUUCCCAAGAAAUUAAAAAAUCUAUACGGUUGUCCUUUGCGUGCAGCUCUUUGGCAUGUUCCACCUUAUGUGUACUUAUCGCAGGAUGCUAAAAAUGUUACUUAUGUAUCGGGUGGUUUUGAGGGCAAACUUUUAUUGGAAUUAGCGAAAAAGUUGAACUUUUCCCUUGAGGUUAUAGUACCGCCUAAUGACAGCAAACGUGGUGUGAUUCUACAAAAUGGUUCUUUAACUGGCGCUCUGAAAUUGCUUCAAGAUCGCAAAGCUGACAUAAGUUUGGGAUCAUUUCAGCAGACUAAACAACGCCGCGAAGUGGUUACAUCAACCAUAACUUAUUAUCAAACUAGUUGGGUGAUUGUAACACUGAGUGAAGCUUUUAUUUUGACUUCAUUAGAAACUAUGUUGUAUCCCUUUACCAUCGGUACAUGGUACUUGUUGACUUUAAUGUGUGUUUUUGCAAUGGGACUCGUUGCUUUACUUCGUCGUAAAUUUCAAAAAACUAUAUUGAAAAAUACUUCAUUGGAUGUUAUUGCGAUGCUAUUGGGUCUACCAGCCCAAUAUACACCGAUUUUUCAAAGUACUCGAAUAUUAAGUGCAACAUGGAUGAUGUUUUCUCUUAUAUUAAGAACUGUAUAUCAAGCUCUACUCUUUCACGUAAUACGUACGCACAUAACACGAAAUGUACCCCAAACUCUAGACGAAUUAGUAGAACAAAAUUAUUCAUUAGUUGUGGAACCGGGGACAUUUAAUGCUCUCCAAAAGGUUUCACUAUUUAACAAUACUGAAUUUAUCACCUUAUAUACUCCCGAUGACACAAAACCCUUAGUGUAUUUAGAAGAAUUACCACUAAGUAGGGCCAGAUAUACAGCAGCAGCUCUUCCUUUAAUAUUUCAGCAAUGUUAUACGGAUGUUCAUAAUAAAGUUAAUGUCUUUAGGGUCUUACCUAAUACUAUUAUGCAUUUAAAAUUGGGCAUAUUUUUGAGCAAACAUUCAUAUUUAAUUGAUCAGUUAGAUUACAUAUUAGGUAUGCUUAAAGGUUAUUCAUUGAUAGAAGCUUGGUAUAAGCAAGAGGUUGAUCUUCAAUAUCGACAAGCUGACUUAAGUUUGGGAUCAUUUCGUCAAACUAGUGCUCGUGAUAUUGUGGCAACUUCCACUAUGAAUUAUUUUCAAACUGGUUGGUCGGUGGUAACAAUGAGUGAAGCCUAUAUAUUGACUUCAUUGGAAAUCAUAUUAUUUCCCUUCAGCAAUAACACCUGGUGUAUUUUAGUAUUUUUGUGUGCUUUUGCAUUGUCUGUUGUAAAUUUAACAAAAUGGAUUUUUCGUAAAUUAAAACCCAAACAUUUAGAUCAACUAAGUUUGGAUAUACUUUUAAUGCUAUUGGGUAUGCCAGCCCUAUAUAUACCAUUCUAUAAUGCCAGCAGAAUUUAA